GUCGCCACUUGUUUUAACCUUUCACUCUACAUGAUAUAUGAUACACGAGGGUUAUAGUUUUUACACGAUAAAUGGUAGAAUAUGAAAGUAAAUAGAAUUAGUUAUAAAAAUGAUACCAGUUAUUCACCUUGUAACAGAACAAUUAAAACGACGAAAUAAUUUUAUAGUGCCGUUAUUUCUAAGGCAAUUAGAUUCUGGAGUUAAGUUUACCCAGAGUGUAAGAAAAAAACAAAACAAGCAUGAUGCACAGAAUCUAAAUAAUUUAUUUCAACCAGUUCCGGUAAAGAAAAAUGUGGAUGAUGCAAACGUUGGUGUGGAAUUAACUGGUUCUAUAAGUAAAUACAAAGUGAUACAAAUCUUAUGUGACUUUGCAAAACAUUCAAUAGUUAAAGAAUUAAGUACGAAAUAUGGAUUAAAUGAUGUAAUCUUCACCUCAGCAAUGUCAAAUUUUCGAAGUCAUUGUAUAGAAUCUGAACAGUUACCUACAGAUCUUCAUAUUAUUAUAAGUGAUAUUAUAAAUGGGGGUGGAAAUAUUACAGAUAUAUUUCCAUACUUUUUAAGACAUGCCAAACAAAUGUAUCCGCAUAUUGACUGCUUAGACGAGCUGAAGAAAAUCACGAGAACCAAGAAAAGAAAAAUUAUAUUUCAUGCUGGACCUACAAAUAGUGGCAAAACGUAUCAUGCGUUAAAAAGAUUUAUGACAGCAAAAAGUGGUGUUUACUGUGGACCUUUGAAGUUAUUAGCUAGUGAAGUUUUUAGCAAGUGUAAUUCUAUGGGUACUCCGUGUGAUCUAAUAACAGGAGAAGAACACAGAUAUGCAAAUAACGAAGCAUCCCCUGCAAAUCAUACAUCAUGUUCUAUAGAAAUGGCAAACAUACAAAAUGUUUAUGAAGUAGGAGUAAUCGAUGAAAUUCAAUUAAUACGUGAUCCAAGUAGGGGAUGGGCAUGGACAAGGGCUCUUCUUGGGCUAGCAGCAGAUGAAAUACAUUUAUGUGGUGAAUUUGCUGCUGUUCCUAUGGUACAGUCCAUUUGUUUAACAACAGGAGAAUCGGUAGAAAUAAAAGAAUACAAACGAUUGACCUCGCUUGAAAUAGAGGAGUCGGCACUCGGUUCCCUAAAAAAUAUUCAACCAGGAGAUUGUAUAGUUUGUUUUAGUAGAAAUGAUAUAUUUGUAGUAUCAAAUGUUAUUGAAAAAAUGGGACAUAAAGUAGCUGUAAUAUAUGGUAGUUUACCACCAGGUACAAAAUUAGCACAAGCUGCAAGAUUUAAUGAUCCUAAUGAUCCGUGCAAAAUAUUAGUGGCUACUAAUGCAAUAGGAAUGGGUCUUAAUUUGCAUAUUCGAAGAAUUAUAUUUUAUUCAAUUACUCAACCAACUGUCAAUGAGAAAGGAGAAGUGGAGAUCGACACAAUUUCUGUAUCAUCUGCAUUACAAAUAGCAGGUCGUGCUGGUCGUUAUGGAACACAGUGGUCGAAAGGAUUUGUAACAACUUUUAAACCUGAAGAUCUUCCUUUAUUAAAAAAUUUAAUGCAGCAAACCCCAGAAGAAAUUCACCGAGCUGGACUUCAUCCAACGGCAGACCAAAUAGAAUUAUACGCCUAUUAUUUACCAAAUGCACCGUUAUCAAAUCUCAUUAAUAUUUUUAUUACGUUGUGCGAACUUGAUCAUACUUUGUACUUUAUUUGCAAUUUGGAUGAUUUUAAAUUUCUUGCUGAUACAAUACAACAUAUACCUUUAUCUCUUCGUACACGAUAUGUGUUUUGUUGUGCACCAAUCAAUAGAAAAAUACCUUUGUCAUGCAGUAUGCUUUUAAGGUAUGCUCGACAAUGUAGUAAAAAUGAGCCAGCAACUAUUUUAUGGUUGCGCGAACAAAUUAAUUGGCCUCCUAAAACGCCAUUGAAUAUUACUCAGCUCUUACAUUUAGAAAGCUUAUUUGAUGUAUUAGACGUCUAUCUAUGGUUAAGUUAUCGAAUGCCAGAUUUAUUCCUUGAUGCAGAUGCAGUUAGAAAAUUACAAAAGGAAUUAGAUAAAAUUAUUGAAGAAGGAAUUGAAAAAAUUACACAAUUAUUUAAGAAACCGAAAGCAGGUAUAAAAAAUGAUAAAUAUCAAAAAGAUAAAUUAAGCCAAUCGUUGGUAUCUAGAGGUCUUCUAACGCCAAAAAUGUUAAAACAACUAAAAAUAGAAUGGUCCACGUUAUCACAUGUGGUGGUACUCCACUAACCCAAUGUGUAAUGAUAUCAUCUUUGUGGAAAUGUUUACUACAAACAUAUGUGUCAUCAGUAACAACAUAAUUCUCAAUAGCUAUGGCAUUUUGCCACUUUUUACGCGUUUCUGGAUCUUUUGGUGCUGAGAAAAAGCUGUAAGUGUUUCUGUAAUUGGUUUCCUUGCACAACACACACUUACGCGUCAUAGUAACACUUAAAAUUUCAGCUAUUUUCCUUCAGUUAACUUCAUGGAAUUUCAUACUUAAGUACAUACAUUUAACAUGUUUGUUCAGCAGUCUUCAAUUAUUUUGAAACAACUGUCUUAUUUUCGUUCAACACUAUCGUUCGAUGAAUGAUAUUAAUAGCGACUGUUAAUUUUGCAGUUCAUCUUGUGCAAAUUUUGUGAUUUUAAAUGAGAUAUUUUGAAUAAGAAAUGAGAAACACUCCACAUUUUUAAUGCACUUUCUUAACAACUUAUUUAUUUUGAUCUUAAAUUUUUACGACUUUU